CAAUCCGAUGGAGCGUAGGCGGUUUACCUCACACACCUAAACACGCGUAAACAUACGCACUCACUUCUCCUCAAACACCUAAACCAGUCUCCAAAGGAGGUUGUUUUUUUACCCAAAGAGAAUAAAAAAAAAUCUAAGGACAGGAUGGAUUCUGCACAGCUGCUCCUUCUGGUGUUGUGCGGAUACCUGCCAAAAGUGCUGUCAGUGCAGAUGUGCGACGUGGUGAACGAGAUCCAGCUGGAGAAAGAGCGCUGUGAAAAUAGCACCUCUGGGAACGUCACUUCAGGGUGCCAAGGCAUGUGGGACAUCAUCGCCUGCUGGCCUUCAGCUCGGGUCGGAGAGGUGGUUACAAUAACCUGCCCGCCUUAUUUCAGCUACUUCAGUGACCAUCAGAAAGGUAACCUUUCGAAAACCUGCACAGAAGAUGGCUGGACCGAGAUGCAUCCUAUUGACAUUGCUGUGAGCUGUGGAUACAAUCUCAACAGCACUAGCGAUGAUGGAAAGUUUUUUUGGCAAGUGAAGAUCGGCUACACCAUCGGCCACAGCGUCUCGCUCGUCUCGCUUUCUACCGCUAUUGUGAUCCUCUGCAUCUUCAGGAAACUCCACUGCACAAGGAACUACAUCCACAUGCAUCUAUUUGUUUCAUUUAUCCUGAAGGCCAUCGCUGUCUUCAUCAAAGAUGUGGUUCUCUACGAGGUCGGGGAGGUGGACAACUGCUCCUCGGGCUCUGUUGGCUGCAAAGCAGUGAUUGUGUUUUUCCAGUACUGUAUAAUGGCCAGUUUCUUCUGGCUGCUGGUGGAAGGCCUUUAUCUCCAUGCAUUGUUGGCCGUUUCCUUCUUCUCCGAGAGGAAGUACUUCUGGGCUUAUAUUCUGAUCGGCUGGGGCGGUCCAGCAAUUUUCAUCACAGCUUGGAGCAUCGCUAAAGCCAACUAUAAUGAUGUGGGGUGCUGGGAUAUAAUAGAAAACACCGAUGUGUUCUGGUGGAUCAUUAAAACUCCUAUUUUGGCAUCAAUUCUGAUGAACUUUAUUCUUUUCAUCUGCAUCAUUCGGAUACUUCGCCAGAAGAUAAACUGCCCCGAUAUUGGAAGAAACGACUCCAACCAGUACUCGCGACUGGCAAAGUCAACGCUGCUUUUGAUUCCGCUGUUUGGGAUCAAUUAUAUAGUGUUUGCAUUUAUCCCCGAGCAAGUGAAGACUGAGCUGCGGCUGGUUUUUGACUUGAUUCUGGGAUCAUUUCAGGGCUUUGUGGUCGCAGUCCUUUACUGCUUCCUGAACGGAGAGGUCCAAGGAGAGAUCAAGAGGAAGUGGAGGAGGUGGCACCUGCAGAGAUACAUGGGCUCAGACACCAAAUACCAGCACCCGUCUAUUGGCAGCAGCAACAACUUCAACACCCAGAUCACCAUGUUGACACGGUGCAGCCCGAAAACUCGCCGGGCUUCAUUAUCCUGUCACGAUGACUUGUCUAGCAUCUGAGUCACAGUGACACAGACACACAAAAUGCUGUACAAAAUGCUCUCAUGCCAAACAUUAGGCAGAACAUCGCAGCAUAUAUAAGCUUUACCAUAAGUACUCUUGGGUCAUGUGUGUGGUGCAGAAGAUGGAAAGUGAUGAAAGGAUUGGAAAAAGAGAUAUAAGGACACGACGUGACCAUAAUCAGCUUUGAAGCAGUUUGUAACUGUUCCAAAAAAUACAUUUAAAUGAGAAGGUAAGUUGCACAUUGCUUAACAAACAAAGCGUUUGCGGAGAGAGUCAUUUUUGCGCAGGUCACCUGUACAGGUGAAUUCAAGUCAUAUCACUACAGCUCUUAUUUUUUAAAUAUCCUGUGUGCUUAGGUGAGUGGGCUGGUGUAACUCUGAGCCUUGUGCACUCCUGCAGCUCCAAAUAGUCAAGUUUUGUGCUAAAGCUUUGGAAGAAAUUGAGGUGAUGUAUUUUUCUAACAGCAGCAUCACAGGCUAACAAAGGUACUAUACCAGAACUGGACUGUGAGGGUGUGUUUGAGUGCUGAAUGUAAAUAGUGCUGGAAAAUUUGCUUUAAAACAUACUUUAGAGUAUCCAAAAUAAGCAUAAUACUACACUUCCCCCCCUUUGCUGUGUAGGAAGACAGAAAAAAAGACAGGCUUACAGAGCAGGAAACUUUAUUUCCAUAAAUGCCAAACAGAUUAGGCUUCAGACCAAGUGAUGCUGAUUCACAAUGAUGGGUUUGGAGCACAAAUGCCCUUCUCUGCACUAUCAUGCUCAUGAGAGACCGGUUGCCCUUUGCCUUCUUUUAUCAACACAGCCUUCCCUCUUGGCGUGUGCGAUUCUGAGCCUAUGAUUAGGUAGAUAUUUUUCAUUAUUUAGGGCACUGUGGCGGUUUUGUGUCGAUCACUGACGAGUGCCUGGGUUUGGUGUGUUGAACCGACUUCUGCGGUCUAGUCUUUGCUGGCUGUUGGGCAGUACAGCAGCUCUGAAGAGGAGAUGUCCAUAUGCAGCUCAUUCCUUGAAUGUUUACAUUUACUUGGGAAGAGUUGUAAAAAAUGAUGCACAGUCAAGUGUGCAGUGUAAAUAAACUUGGAAUGCUUGUGCCAUACACAUCACAUUGUGGUUAUAAUAAUAGUAAUGAAUCACUAAGUGUCGUUUUUUCAAAUUAAAGCAUGACAGGAUUCAGAAUCUUCUGAAUCUCCAUUAUGCAUAAUAUUGUUUGAAUUCUUCAGGUUCAGACUUACUUCUCCAUCGGAGGAGUCUGAACUUGACAAGUCAGCAGAGAAUAUUAGAUCCUGUAUGCAAAGCAAAGUGACAAGGAUGACUGGCCCUGUCACAACGAUGCUGUCUUUGUGCUUUUGACCUCGCGUAGGUUUGAAAGUAAGGCUUGUUCAUACUAGAGGGAACAACAGGGGGAUCCAGCUUUACACGGGAGGAAGGAAAUCAUCUCAACCCACCAGUGAUUUAAAGGUUUAGAUCAUCAUUAAGUUUAAGAAUAAUAAAAAAAUUCUAAUGUGGUAAUAUGUGUCAAGGAAAUAUUGAAUAUCAAUAUAUCGCCUUCAGAUUGCUGAAAGUAAUAAUUAUACAUUUAGAGAAAAGGAAAAAGAUUGGAACCACUUUCAUAUUGUGGUCAGAAGUUUACAUACACUCAUCAUGCAGGUGAAUGACAUGCUAAUUUUGCAGCGACUUCUUUCUUGAUCAGCACUUCACUGUGGACAGUGACACUUAAUCCUUGGCGGUUCCUGCCUUGUUCCUGAACAUCUAACCAAUUUGCUCUCAUCUAAGGGUGACAUUUUCAGUCUUCUUCUAGACCAGGGGUGGGCAAUCUCAGUCCAUGAGGGCCGGUGUCUCUGCAGGUUUUAGAUGUGUCCUCGAACCAACACAGCUGAUUUAAAUGGCUAAAUUAGCUCCUCAACAUUUCAGUGUAACAGUGUAAUUUAGUUAGACUGCGUUUUUAGUUCUGAGUUACAUGAUGACCAGAUCACAUAAUGCAUGAACCCUAGGAAUUCCAAAUAGUUCACAAACAUUACUGACUCUAGCUUCAUAUUUAGUGUGCACACAUGAGUCAAUUUAAGUCGCAGGAUUAAGGCAAAUAGACACAUUUGCCAAAAAGCACCAAAUCACAACAACAGUCACCUCAAGUUGCCUGAUAUUGCAACUUAUAGACCAUGCAGAGAAAUCCCCAACAAUCAAGCGACUGCCUACAAGUGACCAUUUGGUGACAGUGGGAAGAAAAAAACCCUUUUAACAGGAAGAAACCUCCGACAGAACCACACUUGGGGAGGGCCAGCCAGGACAAAAGGCACAUUGCGGAAGAGAAUCAGAGAUUAAAAUGUCAUUUUUCACGUUGCUUAUAAGUGUGUGCUUAAAUACUCCUACAUUUUUUGCGUCUGUCUUUUGUCGUCAGUAACUUUAGUGUAAUUUUGUGAAUUUUCCAGUAUACCUCUUAAAAUGGUGAAUGUAAAUAGAUGUGUACAAAGUGGGAAAGCAAUUAUAUUAGACAGUGUUUCUCAAAUUCAGUCACAUAUGUCUCUUGGUUGAUUGUUUUGGUUACCAAACAUUAAAAAGGGAUAAUAUAUAUAUAUAAGAGUGCACUUAGAGUAACUAUGUGCAAUGUAAAUCUGAUUUUUUGUUAACUGGAUAAUGUGUUGUGCAUAUCUGGGUUUAAGAUCAUUUGUUUGGUUUGCUGUUGUGCGGUUUGUGUAAGACUGGUGUAAAGCAUUACAUUGUAAAUCUGCAGUUGUACAAUUUGGUCACAUCUGUGUACACAUAAAGCCAUGCUUUCCUUUUAAAAA